AAAGUAUGCAUACAGCAUACUAUAGAUAAGGCUGCUCUAGGUUUUGGUGGCAUAUGCAAUAAGAGCCAAAACAGGAUGGCGCUGAUACCAGCCACAGUGAACGACGGGCCACUCUUCGCUGAAGUGGACAUGGGCGCAGAUUCUUCCGCACCCACUGUCCGAGCCACCGUCGUCCAGGCCUCCACUGUCUUCUACGACACUCCUGCCACUCUCGAUAAGGCAGAGAGAUUGUUAGCUGAAGCAUCUUCAUAUGGAUCUCAACUGGUUGUGUUUCCAGAAGCAUUCAUUGGUGGUUAUCCCCGUGGUUCAAAUUUUGGUGUUACCAUUGGUAACCGCACAGCUAAGGGCAGAGAAGAUUUUCGGAAGUACCAUGCUGCUGCCAUUGAUGUGCCUGGUCCAGAAGUUGACCGUUUGGCAGCUAUGGCUGGAAAAUAUAAGGUAUAUCUAGUCAUGGGUGUGAUAGAAAGGGAUGGAUACACACUUUAUUGUACAGUUUUGUUUUUUGAUUCUCAAGGUCAUUACCUUGGAAAGCACCGGAAAGUCAUGCCAACAUCAUUGGAGCGUAUAAUCUGGGGAUUCGGAGAUGGAUCAACAAUUCCAGUUUAUGAGACUCCAAUUGGAAAAAUAGGUGCUGCCAUUUGUUGGGAAAAUAGAAUGCCACUUUUAAGGACAGCAAUGUAUGCAAAAGGAAUUGAAAUAUAUUGUGCACCUACUGCUGACGCCAGGGAUAUAUGGCAAUCAUCAAUGACCCAUAUAGCUCUUGAGGGUGGAUGUUUUGUUCUAUCAGCAAACCAGUUCUGUCGAAGGAAAGAUUAUCCACCUCCUCCUGAGUAUGAGUUUUCAGGUGCAGAUGAUCUUACACCAGAUUCUGUUGUCUGUGCUGGAGGCAGUGUCAUCAUUUCACCAUCAGGGACUGUUCUGGCUGGACCCAAUUACGAUGGGGAGGCUCUCAUCUCAGCAGAUCUUGAUCUUGGAGAAAUAGCUAGAGCAAAGUUCGAUUUUGAUGUGGUUGGACAUUAUUCAAGGCCUGAAGUGCUGAGCUUGGUUGUGAAGGACAAUCCAACAAAGCCAGUUACUUUCACAUCAGCAUCUGUUAAAACUGAAGACUUUCAGAAAUAGUUGAGUCUUUUGUUUGACUUGGCCCUGCAAAAUGUAUUGGUCUCUUCAAUAAUGAGAUGAGGAUGAUAGCUCAGAGUCCAUUUUCAUUUUCUGCUACUUGUGUCCUCGUUAAAAGAUUGGGAUUUGCUACAAGUAAUAUGCUUCUCUUUUUACAGUUCCUUGUGCCUUGUGCAUAGUUACAUAUUUGCUAAUCAAUUUUAUGUGUU